CAGACUCAAAUACUGUGUGUAGACAUGGCUGCUGCCAGCAAUCUGCAAUCUGAAGAUCAGUUUCUUUGCUCCAUCUGUCUGGAUGUGUUCACUGAUCCAGUCAGUACACCAUGUGGACACAACUUCUGCAAAAACUGCAUCACUGAACACUGGAAUACUAGUGACAGGUGCCAGUGUCCGCUGUGUAAAGAGGCUUUUACCACAAGACCUGAUUUGAGGGUCAACACUUUGUUCUCUGAGAUGGUUGCUCAGUUCAGACAGUCAGCUCAACAGAAAACCAGCAGUAGCAGCUCAGAGCAACAAGUGUCCAAACCAGGAGAAGUUCCCUGUGACGUCUGCACUGGAACCAAACUGAAGGCCCUGAAGUCCUGCCUGGUGUGUCUGGCCUCCUACUGUGAGACUCACCUGGAGCCUCAUCUGACAAUGUCAGGCCUGAAAAGACAUCAGCUGAUCGACCCUGUGAAGAACCUGGAAGACAGGAUGUGUACGAAGCACGAUAAACCUCUGGAGAUGUUCUGUAAGACAGACCAGACAUGUGUCUGCAUGCUCUGCCCCAUUUUUGACCACAAGACACAUGAGUUUGUUCCUCUGAUAGAAGAAUAUAAAGAAAAGAAGGCCGAGCUGGGGAAGACAGAGGCUGAAAUCCAGCAGAUGAUCCAGAAGAGACGACUGAAGAUUCAGGAGAUCAAACACUCAGUUGACCUCAGUGAGGAAGAUGCAGACAGAGAGAUAGCAGAAGGUGUUCAUGUCUUCACUGCUCUGAAGGAGUCUGUUGAGAGAGGCCAGGCCAAUCUCAUCAACACGAUCAAAGAGAAGCAGAAAACAACAGAAAAACAGGCCGAAGCUUUCAUCAAAGAGCUGGAACAGGAAAUCUCUGAGCUGACGAAGAGAAGGACUGAAGUGGAGCAGCUCUCACACUCUGAAGACCAACUCCAUCUUCUCCAGAGUGUCCAGUCCCUGAAAGCUGCUCCACCCACCAAGGACUGGACAGAGGUCAGCGUCCGUCCAUCAUAUGAGGGGACUGUGGUGAAAGCUGUGGCUCAGCUGGAGGAGACACUCAGUAAAGAGAUUAAGAAGCUGCUUGAAGAUGAGCUGACGAGGGUCCAGCAGUAUGCAGUAGAUGUGACACUUGAUCCUGAUACAGCUCAUCCUAAACUCAUCCUGUCUGAUGAUGGGAAACAAGUGAAUGAUAGUGAUGUGAGGAAGAAUCUGCCAGACAACUCAAAGAGAUUUUCUAAGUAUUUAUGUGUUUUGGGAAAGCAGAGUUUCUCUUCAGGCAGAUUUUACUUUGAGGUUCAAGUUAAAGGAAAGACUAACUGGUGUUUAGGAGUGGCCAGAGAGUCGAUCAAAAGGAAGGGAAACAUCACACUGACACCUAAGGAUGGUAACUGGACUAUAUGUUUGAGAAAUGGAAAUGAGUACAAAGCUGCUACUAGCCCUUCAGUCAGUCUCUCUCUGAAGUCUCAGCCUCAGAAGGUUGGGGUGUUUGUGGAUUAUGAGGAAGGUCUGGUCUCCUUUUAUGACGUAGAUGCUGCAGCUCUUAUCUACUCCUUUACUGGCUGCUGCUUCACUGAGAAACUCUUCCCAUACUUUGGUCCUUGUUCUAAUGAUGGUGGUAAAAACUCUGCCCCUCUGAUCAUCUCUCCUGUCAAUCAAGCUGAGUAGACUGAUGAUAUUUAAAUGAAAAGGUUCACUGUCGUAUAACAGAACAAAUAUACAUAUUCAGUGGAAAUAUACAAUAUAAACCUGUUGUCUUCAGAGUUAAUCUUCAGGGCUGUUUUUCUGACACCAUGAAAAGUUGACUGUUUAGAGAUACGUAGUUCUCACAGGACAGCGACGCUACAAACAUAUGAUGAUCUUAUAGACCAUGACGCAUUGCUGUAGAUUAAUCUAGCCAACAGUAUGUAAAUGAGUUAAAAUUAGCACAACCUUAAACAUCUUCAGCCGUAAUAUGCAGCAAACACAUUAAUGCAGCAGUAAUAUUAAUCCAGAAACAUCAGAUAUAAUAGUAACACACUGACAGGGAACAUUUUACUGCACAAUCAACACUUUUACUUUUCAUACGUUAAGUACAUUUUUCUGAUAAAGACAACUACUCAGUUUCAAAAAGUUACUCUUGUGUACUCUUUCUGUGAGCAAUUAAGAGCUGAAUGAAUUAGUUAAUUAAUAUAUCGAUCAACAGAAAAAUUAAUCUGCAAAUAUUAAUCAAUUAAUUGUUUAUGUGAUUUUUUAAAGCAAAAAUGUCAAAUAUUCACAGAUUCCAGCCUCUCAAAUGUGAAUAUUUGCUGGUUUCUGGGUCUUCUAUCAUAUUAAACAAAAUAUUGUUGGAUUAUUAUAAAUCAUAAUGGGCAUUUGUGACUUCUUUUUCAGAUAUUUUAUGCACCAAGAGAUUAAUCAAUAAUGAAAAUAAUUGUUAGUUGCAUUAUUAGAGUUUUAAUUCUGUUUUAUAGGCAUACAUCUUUUUAGCUGUUGUUGGGUUUUAAACAUUUAAUUAUCAUUAAGUGAAUGAUUAAUGGUCUAUAUUUUUAAUAGUUAUUCAGUCAUCUGGUUAUUGAGUUUUAAUUUCUAAUAUGCAUUUAUGUUGUUAUUCAUUUAAUCAGUCAUCACUGCAAUAAAAUCCUGUGCAGAAGAAGAAAC